AUGUCCGACGAUCCAAGUAUUUCUCGACCUGUGCGUCCAGCAAACUCAGCCGUGAAUUCAACUGAUUGGCGUCGAUACAAAGAACAACUUCGUGCAUGGAAAAAUGCUCGUUUGAGAAAGCAACUUGACGCUGAACAAGUCGAAACUUUCGAACAAGAAACGACUACAACAACAACAUCAAAAUCAACAUCUCAACCAAUCAAGGGUCGCUCGUAUACGUUGUCCAUCGCUUUACCAGCUUCGAUUCUGCGCAAUGCUCAAUCGAAUGAAUUACGAACUUAUCUAGCCGGCCAAAUUGGUCGUGCAGCAUGCGUUUUUAAUAUCGAUGAAAUCAUUGUUUUCAACGAUGACGAAACUGUUGAAGAAGUUGAUAAUAACCCCUUUAGUGCAAGUGAACAACUUAUUCGACUUCUCGAAUAUCUUGAAUGUCCACAAUAUCUUCGAAAACAAUUCUUUCCUCGACAGAAAUUACUCGAAUAUGCCGGUUUACUCAAUCCCUUAGAUGCACCACACCAUUUGCGUACGAAUGAGUUUUGGCUGUAUCGGGAAGGUGUAACUUUACCAUUGAGACCUGCUGACGGAAAAGGAUCAUGGGUUGAUGUAGGCCUCUACGAAACCAAAGUACAGAUUGAUAAGCGUUUGCAACAAGGCCUCCGUGUUACAGUUCGACGAACUGAUAUAACACCGGAAGAAUACUUUCAAACAAAAGAGCUUUCAAAUGAUACUCAACAGACAAAUAAGAAAAAACGAAUUCCAGGUGAAAUUGUCAGUCCGAGUACGCCUCGUCUAGAGUCCGCUUUCUAUUGGGGUUAUCAAGUACGGAAAGCUGAAACAAUUCGAACAGUUGUUGAAGAUUGUCCAUUUGAUGACGGUGAUAGUCACCCAGCAAAGUAUGAUCUCGUUAUUGGGACAUCUGAGCGUGGUACAUCAUACGAUAAAAUUACUGAAUUUCCUCGUUUUCGACAUGCUUUGAUCGUGUUUGGUGGUCUGCAAGGUCUUGAGAAAGCAUUUGCACAAGAAGAAGAUUCUGUGACAGCUGAGCAGCUAUUUCAUUUCUAUCUCAAUACCUGUCCACAACAAGGAAGUCGCACAAUACGUACAGAAGAAGCUAUUCUCAUUACUCUUUCUUGUUUAAGAGACAAAUUACUUACAGCAGUUAUCAAUUGA